AUGCAGAUGCAGCAACAGCAGCAGCAGCAGCAGCAGAUGCAGGGCAUGAUGAUGCCCAUGAUGCCCAUGAUGAUGCCCAUGCAGGCGCAGAUGAUGCAGAUGCAGAUGAUGCAGCGGCAGAUGGGCAUGGGCGGCUGCGGCAUGGGCAUGGGCGGCUGCGGCAUGGGCGGCUGCGGCGGCAUGGGGAUGAUGGGCGGCGGCGGCUGCGGCUGCGGCAUGGGCAUGGGCGGCUGCGGCAUGGGCGGCUGCGGCAUGGGCAUGGGGGGGUUCGACCAGCAAGGCCACCUGGAGGGCGUGGUCGUGGAGUGGAGCGACCGAGGCUUCGGGUUCAUCACCUUUGCUGAUGGGCGACGAGCCUAUGUGCACCACUCAUCGCUGCGGAACGCCAGCGCCGAUCAGGAGAGGAGAGCCACCGAGCUGACUGUCGGAGAGACCGUGGAGGCCCAGGUUGUCGAAGACAAGGAGAAGCCAGGCAAGUGGGCAGCCGUGAACGUCUUCCGAAAAGCAGAGGCCAUCAUGGCCAAGGCCAAGGGCACGUUCACCGGCGGCCAGGCGAUGCCUGGCCAGGGCGGCGCGGGCAUGGGCUCCAGCAUGGGCUCCGGCAUGGGCGCGCCCGGCAUGGGCAUGGGCAUGGGCAUGCCCGGGAUGUCGGAAGGCUCUUGGGGUGGCGACGGUGGCGACCGGAAGCAGGGCGUG